GUCAUCGGCAGGCGCCGGAAAAAGGCGGGCGGCAAGUGCGGCGCGAGGAGCCGGGGCUGCCUCUUGGCCGACGGGAGUCUGUGUGGUUAGAGUCGUAGGGCCGGACGGUGUCCGCCCCCGCGGAUGGCGAGGGAUCUGAUCGGGCCGGCGCUGCCGCCCGGCUUCAAGGCUCGCGGGACAGCGGAGGAGGAGGAGGAGCGAGACCGCAGCCCCGUUGCAGGACCAGCUCUGCCCCCUAAUUAUAAAAGCAGUAGCUCGGAGUCCUCCGACAGCGAUGAAGACAGUAGUUCAUUGUACGAAGAAGAAAAUCAGGAAUCUGAAGAAGAUGACACUGGUCCAACGGCAAGAAAACAGAGGAGAAAUCAAGAUGAUGAUGAUGAUGAUGAUGAUGAUGAUGAAGGGUUUUUUGGACCAGCUCUUCCUCCUGGAUUUAAAAAGCAGGAUGAUUCUCCUCCAAGGCCGUUAAUAGGUCCUGCAUUACCACCCGGUUUUAUUAAAUCUACACAGAAAAGUGACAAAGGCAGAGAUGAUCCAGGACAACAAGUAUCAUCAUAUUUCAACUCUGAGGAAACAGAUAGUAGUGAAGAUGAGGACAUUGUUGGACCAAUGCCUGCAAAAGGACCAGUUAACUAUAGCGUCACAACAGAGUUUGAAAAAAGAGCCCAGCGAAUGAAAGAAAAAUUAACCAAAGGAGACCAUGAUUCAUCUAAACCAAUUACAAGAGAGUCAUGGAUGACUGAACUUCCUCCAGAAAUGAAAGACUUUGGUCUUGGGCCCAGAACUUUUAAGAGAAGAGCCGAUGACAAAUCUGGAGAUCGAUCAGUCUGGACAGACACUCCAGCGGACAGGGAGAAGAAAGCCAAGGAAACACAAGAAGCAAGGAAGUCAUUUAAUAAGAAGGAUGAAGAACAUGUAUUGUCAGGAAGGGAAAAGAGGUUGGCUGAGCAGGUGUCCUCAUACAAUGAAUCAAAAAGAUCAGAAUCUCUUAUGGACAUUCAUCAUAAGAAAUUAAAAAAUAAGGCUGCCGAAGAGAAAAAUAAGCCCCAAGAAAGAAUACCAUUUGACCGUGAUAAAGAUCUCAAAGUUAAUCGGUUUGAUGAAGCUCAGAAAAAAGCUCUGAUAAAGAAAUCUAGAGAACUAAACACCAGAUUUUCACAUGGCAAAGGCAGUAUGUUUUUAUAAGGGGAUUUCCCUGUGCAAUGAAGAAAAGUUGAAGAACACUCUUUUGUCAGUCUGUCCACCUUUAUUCCUUUGUUUUGAGUUUCUUAAAAUUAGAGAUUACUUUAGUCUUAAAAACCAUACAAACGUACCUUGUGCUGUAUGUCCUGUAAGUCACGUGGAAACCUAAAGUCAGUAUUUCUUAUGUGGAAUAGAAUUUUAUGUGUCUUUGGCUUCUGAGGAAGUGUGGGCUUUUCUUCAAAUAAUUAUUUUGAGGGCAGCCCGGGUGCCUCAGCCAUUUAGUGCCACCUUCAGCCCAGGGCAUGAUCCUGGAGACCCGGGAUCGAGUCCUACAUCAGGCUCCCUGCAUGGAGCCUGCUUCUCCCUCUGCCUGUGUCUCUGCUUCUCUCUGUGUGUGUCUCUCUCAUGAAUGGAUAAAUAAAAUCUUUUUUUAAAAAAUAAUUAUUUUGGGGAUCUCCCACCUAUUCCCUAAUUUUUGUGGUGUCUCCCAAGUAUUGUGUAAGAUCUGUUCAGGACUAUUCACUGAAUCUCCACCAGUGUAGACCUCCUUAUCAGCUGUUCCUAACCUGCCCUGGAGUAAGUGUGUUGAGUCCUUGCAGUAAAUCCAUGCAUCUGAAAUUGUUCGGGUUUUCCCUCUAAACUGCAGCCAGUGAAUACACAUUUACAAAUAGAGGGCUUGGAGGUUUUGUCUGUUUUGUUGACGUUUUGCUUGUUUGGGCAACCAGGGCUUUUCGUUUCUUGUUUGGGUUUUUUGUGUUGGUUGGUUGGUUGGUUGGUUGGUUGGUUGGUUGGUUUUUAAGUAAGAAAGAAGGGCCUCUAUGUUAUCUCGUGUACUAAGAAAAACUAAUUUGAUUUUUCCAACUUUAAUAAGUACUUCUAGGAGAGGCGAAUCUAAGGGACAAAAUAUGCCAUUAACAAUUAGCAGUGUGAAGUCAAAGACUUGGUCUCUCUGGGCUCAGCCAAAGCUUUCUAAGUCUUUAAACUUUGCUUUGAGGUUAUCUUAUUUUACCCAUUUAUAUUUAACAGAUUUUAGCUAAUUUAUUGGGGACUGAUCUUUUAUAUCAAUCAUGAGUAGUCUUUUUUAAAAAUCAAGUUCAUAAUCUUGAAAUAUAAAAAUAUGAAUGGAAACUCUAAUCAUAACCACUCUAAUGAGAGUACGUAACUUGGUAAUGCUUUGAGGCACUGUCUCUUAAGAUGUUAAAUAGAACAUUCUAAAUAGUUAAAGCCUAAAUUCAAAUUCUCUUAGUUAUGUUUUAUUACAGAGUCAUCCUAAUUGUUCACUAGUUCUGUGUUAUAGUUUUGAUAAAGCAUGAGGGGUUUUGUUUUUUUGUUUUGUGUGGGGGAAAAAAAGAACACAAAAUGAGAGACUAGGUAGGAGGUGGGAGGUUUUAAUGGAAAAACAUUCUGAUUCUUAGUUCAUUUAGGCUUUGUGAAAAUUGAGUACAGUGAACUGUUGAGAUUAUGGCACAAGUUAUUCCUCGUUGCUCUUUUAUGAUAUCAGCGUAAACAGUAGCCUACUCAAGGAGUGUAGCUUUUAAAGAGAUGAAUUCUCCUAAGCAAACUGAAACAGCUUCUUGUCUAAGCAAAAUUGAACAGAGCUACCAUUUGACUAAAGAUGUCAUUUUUAGUAAUAUUUUCUGAAUGCAGAACAUUGUGCAAAAGCAUCCACUGCUCUCAUUUAAUUUCGUUAUAAUUUUCCUGGACGAAAGGAAGACAUGUUUUCCAGUUCCUCACCCUUCUAUAAAUUUCUAACAUACAGUUUUGGGAAACUUUGUAUUUUUUAAAGUAAAAAUAUCACCUUUGGUUACUUCUUUUUCUUUGUUUUAUUCAUCUUAAGGGGAUAGGAUAUUUCUGCAUCACGUAGUUACUGUUUUUCCCGUCACCUUGAAGCGUCUUUGUCCUCUGCAAAAGAGAGAAAAACCUCUUCUCUCUGCCUGAUGCUUUCCAUGAGUUACCAUCUUACUGCUCCCUUGGGUGUAAUGCUCUUUCAUGCCAUCCCAGUUUUAAUCAAACGUGAGGCCAGACCAGAGGUUUUUAUGCCCCUCGGAGAGACUAAGCCCAGUAGAAUAGCAUUGAUAAUAAAAGAACAGAGUUGCUAUUUACACAGAAUGGAAAGGUGCUCAGGGCAGCCCCUCCCCUCUUCCAAAGUGGUAAAAAGCCUAAUUAAUUCAAGUCUCCAUUCAUCUGGCAGAAAAUUAGCAUCAGCUGGCAUUUUAUAUGCAGUAGUGGAUGAGUGAAGGACUAUAAUCAUAGCUCACUACUUGCUAUUGUUUUUGUUUUAAUAUUCAACUAUAGUAGUGUUUUAAAAGUUAAAUGAAGAAUAAACUCAAAUAUA